UCAUUUUGAUUGUAACAACGAAACAAGUAACAAUCAACAAUCAUUGGAAUAGUAAAAAAAGUUUUCUGAUUGUUGAAAAUUUUUCAUGAUUUCAAUGUUUCAGAAUUCAAAUCAUGAACCAAGUAAAUCAAUCCAACAAAAUUGAACCAAAAUUGAGAUGACAAACUAAUCAGAUGAGCUAACUAACCAACCAGAUCAACUAUCAUGAACUUAUAUCUAAAUUAAAGUGAUUUAAUUAACCAUACAGUUAAUCGUUUGCUUUCAAAAUCAGUUGACAAUCAAUUUCCAAUUCUAAUUACUGAAUUAAUCACCAUGGAAACUUUUUCCAAUAAGUGUUGCCUUUGUGUUUCCCUGCAAAAAGGAGUCAUGGCUUAUGGAAUCUUAUCAUUGAUUUACUAUUGUACAGUUGUUACCGGUGGAACAAUCUGGGCAUCGAGUGAGAAAAUUUUCGGUAUUAUAUCAUUAGGAUUCAUGGUGAUCUUUUUUUGUACACUGAGCUUAUUAUCAUCAGUAUUAUUAAUCAUAGGAGUUUGUGUUGAAAGUAGAAGGAUGUUUCUACCCUGGAUCAUGGUGAUACCCUGUACCAAUGGAUUAACAAUUAUUCAUACAUUUAUCAAUAAUUCAUUGGAGGAGAUGCAUCCAAAUGAAGAUGGACCCAAAGGGAACCUUGGCUUUGAUUUUAUUAUAUUUCUAAUCUUCUCUUAUGGUAUUUGUUGUACUCUCAUGUUACAUAGGAAAAUAUCGUCCACAAAAACCUCUCACAGAGGAAAAUUCAUCUUACCUGUAAAGCAAAAUAAUAUAAUCCUACCUGAGAGUAAUCGUAUUAAUACCGAUAACUCACCGACUCUGUCAAAGGUUACGAUUGAUAAUUCAUGUGCCGAACCAAGUUCUCCGACGACUUGUCACAUUUUCCUUGGAAUUGAUUAACUAUAAUUAUUGAGAAAAUAACCAAAAGAUAAUCUGUUAAUCGUUGAUUAGUAAAAUUAAUUUUCCAUUUUAUAUAUUACUGUUUAUUUCCCUUGUGAUUAAUAUCAAACUUUUCAAUAAAACUAAAGUUUAUCUGAUCGGAUUAAUAAAAAAAAUUAUCCAUCAAAAUGAUGACGAAAAAAAUGAAUAAUAAUAAGCAUUUGUUAUCAAGUGUAACUAAAAUAAUUAUUAAAAUAUAUGAAUAUUAUUCUUGUUGAAAUUAAAACUUAUCAAGAGUAUUGAAUAUGAAAAAAGUGAAAAUAAUAAUAAAUUCGUGAUUUUCAAAUUCGAAACU